GCGUAAGAGGCAAAUUAGGUUUUUCAAUUUUCCGCCUCGACGAAAAAUCCUUCGUUUGUUCCGCGCUAGGGUUUCCAUCGCUAACACGUUUCUUCUGUUUUCGCAAAUCUCGAUUUCUUCUUCUCUUCUCUUUUUUCUUUCAAAUCUUCGCCGCGAAUCCCUUUCCAUAGUAGACACACGAUGUCUCGUUGCUUUCCUUACCCACCUCCUGGUUACGUGAGGAAGGUGGCUAGCACCGAGGCGGCCUUGAUCGAAUCGAUUAAGCUCCAAUCUGAAAGACAGAGCAAGAAUGAUAGAAAGAAUGAGAAACGUAGGCACAAGAAAGAGAAGUCGAAGGACAAGAAAGAGAGAAGUAAGGACAAGAAACACAAAAGCAAAGAACGUAAAGAACAUAAGGAAAAGUCCUCUCAUAGCCGGAGCUUGAAUGAUCAGAAACACAACAAAUGCCUUAAAGAAGUCAAGGACCUUCUAGAUGGAACCAAAGUUGAAGCAGAACAAUUAGAAAGGAGUGGUCUCACUGAAGAGCAUGGACAACCUGUAUGGCCUCAAAGCCCUGCCUACUUGUCUGAUGGAACUCAGAUUGACCACAAGAGAAAAAGGGAAGCUGAAUCACAGCCUGAUGAAGGUUGUAAGCCUGGUAAAAUCAUCCGAAUCAAACUGGCUUCGGCCCCUUCACUUAGCCGGCAAGAGGAUUCAGCGGCUGGCAGCGAACAGAUGUGUUCCACAUCUGGUCGUUAUAAUUCUUUUGAUCAAAAGACAGAUGGAGACAGUCAUGGAUCAGUAGCCAAUGCUGAAACAGCUGUCGCUGUUCAUCCCACUUUGUCCAACCCAAAGAUCGAACAUCCCCCUUUGCAUCCCAUCGGGGACCGUAAUUCUAAAAGUACAGUUGUGUCAGUACCUUCUCGCAAAAGAAGUUCAGCUGAAUCUGCUUAUGAGGCAUUGUUCGAGAAGUGGGUAGCACCACCACUUCUGUUGGAGCAACAAACUGAUGAUGAGGAAUGGCUCUUCGGAACCACAAGAAAGCAAGAUGGACGAAGUACCAUGGCCAACAACAACAAUGCUUUCAGUACUGUUUCCAGCUGUGGUAGGAGUUCAAAUCUGUGGCCGAGAGGACAAUAUCUCGUCGAUGCUGAUGUUUAUUCAUUGCCUUAUACGAUCCCAUUUUGAUUUUGGAUUCUUACUUUGCAGAGUAAUAUGUACAGUACGCCAGUGGGAAUAAUAGUCUUCCUAGGUGUUAUAAUUGGUUUUAGAAUCAAAUAUAAUUGACGUUCAAUUUUGUUCUCAAUUUUGUUCUCAAUUUUGUUCUCUGGUGGGUACUUGUUAUGCCCUUCAGAUGGAUUGACUAUUGAACAAACGACGAACAUGUUGGAGAGGUUAUGUAAAUAUGGAGUGCUAAGAGAGAUGUUUAUGACAAAAUAUAGUAGCUUUUUCCUCGAA